CGGAGGAGACCCCUGCUGCGCAUGUGUGACGAGAAGGGUUUCCCUGGCGGUGGAGGGAAACCUGGCCGCCUGGUGUAAGGCGGUGGCUCUUUGCUGUCCUAUACGCUUGCGCCCGCUGGGCGGUCAGAUCGGUAUUUGCUCUGCGGUCCCCGCCCCGGGCUCUGUGCGCCCUCCCUGUGGCUAUGCUGGGAGGCUUUGGGCAAGUACUUACGGGGCCUGGGGUUUAAUGUCCUCAGCCUAUUCAAGAUGCACCUUAGAUUCAUGAAGCCUAAGAUCUAUGGCCCGCACUGAUUGGUCAUUAUAACGAAAUCUUUGUCGACAAGCUCUUUUCUCCACCCCGGGAGGAGCAGCUAGGAGAAGGAAAACACAGUUCCCGAAAUUUUCUUACAUAACAAAGUUGCCAAUAAGAAUUAAAGCUAAAGAAUUGCUUUUCUGCAGGCCCAGAGGUGUAUCAACAAGAUCGCAUGAAAGCAUUCUUCUUGAAGGCAAUUAGAAAACGGUGGGAUGGAAAGAAAGUGCUGCAGCCACCCGAGGUUAUGCGGCUUCUCAACCAUGUAUACGUUAAUCCUCGGUGCCAUAUUCAUUGCUUUGAGCUCAGGACGCGUCUUACUGGUAAAAUACUCCAGCAAUGAAGAGAACAAGUAUGAUUAUCUUCCAACUACUGUGAAUGUGUGUUCAGAACUGGUGAAGUUAGUUUUCUGUAUAUUUGUCUCAAUCUGUCUCAUAAAGAAAGAAGAUCAUCAAAGUAGAAAUUGGAGAUGUGCUUCCUGGAAGGAAUUCUGCGGUUUCAUGAAGUGGUCCAUUCCUGCCUUUCUUUAUUUCCUGGAUAACUUGAUUGUCUUCUAUGUUCUGUCCUAUCUACAGCCUGCCAUGGCUGUUAUCUUCUCAAAUUUUAGCAUUAUAACAACAGCUCUUCUAUUCAGGAUAGUGCUGAAGCGGCAUCUCAAAUGGAUACAGUGGGCUUCCCUUCUGAUUCUAUUUUUGUCUAUUGUGGCCUUAACUACUGUGACCAAAACUUCUCAGCAUAGCCUAGCAGGCCAUGGAUUUCAUCACGACGCCUUCUUCAGCCCAUCCAAUUCCUGCCUUCACUUCAUAAGUGAGUGUCCCAGAAACGACAAUUGCUCAGCCAAGGAGUGGACUUCUCCUGAACCUCAGUGGAACACCAGAGCCAGGGUUUUCAUUCACAUUCGUCUUGGCUUGGGCCACAUUCUUAUUAUAGUCCAGUGUUUUAUUUCUUCAAUGGCCAAUAUUUAUAAUGAAAAGAUAUUAAAGGAGGGGAACCAGCUCACUGAAAGCAUCUUCAUACAGAACAGCAAACUCUAUUUCUUUGGUGUUCUUUUUAACUCACUGACCCUGGCAGUGCAGAGCAAUAACCGUGACCAGAUGAAGAACUGUGGCUUUUUUUAUGGCCACAAUGCGUUUUCAGUAGCCCUUAUUUUUGUGACUGCAUUCCAGGGCCUCUCAGUGGCUUUCAUUCUGAAGUUCCUGGAUAACAUGUUUCAUGUCUCGAUGGCCCAGGUCACCACUGUCAUCAUCACUGCUGUGUCUGUCCUGAUCUUUGACUUCAGGCCCUCCCUGGAGUUUUUCCUGGAAGCCCCAACAGUCCUUCUCUCCAUAUUUAUUUAUAAUGCCAGCAAGCCCCAGAGUCUGGACUAUGCACCAAGGCAAGAAAGGAUCCGAGACCUAAGUGGCAGUCUUUGGGAGCGUUCCAGUGGGGAUGGAGAGGAACUGGAAAGACUUACCAAACCCAAGAGUGAUGAGUCAGAUGAAGAUACUUUCUAAUUGGUACCAAAUAGUUGGCAGCUCUCACAAACCUCAUUCUCAUGUUUUCAGCAUUUCUAAUAUUUAACUUUUCACUUCAAUAACCCAAGAAUGUUUCUAAAGCAUAGUAUUCUUUGCAUGUAUCUAACCACCUAAAUUGUGCCAUCCAAGUCUUUAGAGCACAUAAAGAGUAAAAGUUAUAAGGAACUAAUGGAGUAAUAAUAUAGAGACAAAAUUAAUGGCCUUGUAUUUGAUAAGUCAGCAAGAUAUAUUUGCACAUUAUUUACUUUGUCCUCAGAGGUUCAAAAAAUCUUGCAAUAAUCAUGUUAGAUAUAUCCUGUAAAUAUGCAACGAAGAUCAGUAUGCCAGAUAUUCAUGAUGAUGUGCAUCUAGCCUGGAUACUACAGUCUUCCCUUUUUUAUUAUCAUAAAUAUCUAAGUUGUCCCUUGAAUUUUGAGGCCCUAGAGAUGGUCAUCUUGCAAUUCAAAAGCUGUGGAACUCUUUUUAAAAAUUUGGAUUGAAGGACAUAAAUGUCUGAGUAUCCCAUAGACUUGUGGUAAGUAGCCUGUGCUCCAUGUUCUGCUGAAGAAGCAAUUAUUUAGAAUAUUUUAGUUUUUAGGAAUUCAUGGGAAAUUUUGUUUUCAGUAAUAACAUUUUACUGUUUUUCUAUACAAGAAAGCUUCAAUUUAGGUGAAACUUGGUUCCCAGGUCACCAAAGUUACCACUUGUAUUUUAAUUUAUUUAAUCAAGUCAUGGUGGGCUUUUUUCCCUUUCUCAGUUUGUGUAUCAACAAAAUCCUGGCAUCAUCACACUUGGAUUAUUAUAUUUUAGACAAGUACCAAGAAGAUAUUUUAUCAGAUAUUAAUCAAGCUUGUAACUUAAUUUUAUACUUUAAUACUUAAAUACUUGCUUGUAUUUAUUUCAUAUGCUGUUCCCAAGAGUCACGCUGUAGUCCACAACUCUGGCUUCAGAAUCAUACCAGAUGGUCAGUAAGACUUACGCCCAAGAGAUCCAUUUUAAAGGAUCACUUUACAAGGAAAUACUGACUUUUACUGAGAUAUGAAUAGCAUUACUCUAAAAGUAGGAGGACCAAUAAUCAAAUUCCUUCAUAGUAAUGUUUCAAAAUUAUAAGUGCACAGUAUUUUUCAAAGUAUUUUGCAUGCAAUCAAUUAACUCUAUUAGAUAGAGAAGUCAGGGGAUGGAUACAACUGAGAAAGCAGAAUGACUUGCCCAGGGUCAUGUAGCUGGGUGAUGACGGAAGAGCAAACUCUAGCUGACAGGCCUGUAUGUUUAGAGAACUGUACUAAAAUAUGAGCUAUAAGGUGUCAUACAGCAUACACUUCUCUUCUUUCCCUUAAUUUUCAUGCAGGUAUUUUUUUUUAUUUAGUAAAUAUAAAAUUUCCAAAGUACAGUUAAUGGAUUACAAUGGCUUCCCCUCCCCCCAUAAGUUCCCUCCCACUCACACCUCUCCCGUCUCCCGCUCCCUCUCCCAUUCCAUUCACAUCAAGAUUCAUUUUCAAUUCUCUUUAUAUACAGAAGAUCGAUUUAGUAUAUAUUAAGUAAAGAUUUCAUCAGUUUGCACCCACACAGAAACACAAAGUUUAAAAUACUGUUUCAGUACUAGUUAUAGCAUUACUUCACAUUGGACAACAUAUUAAGGACAGAUCCCACAUGAGGAGUAAGUACACAGUGACUCCUGUUGUUGACUUAACAAUCUGACACUCUUGUUUAUGGCGUCAGUAAUCUCCCUAGGCUCUAGUCAUGAGUUGCCUAGGCUAUGGAAGCCUUUUGAGUUUGCCAACUUCAAUCUUAUUCCGACAGGGUCAUAGUCAAAGUGGAAGUUCUCUCCUCCCUUCAGAGAAAGGUACCUCCUUCUUUGAUGGAGCCCUUUUCUUUCCACUGGGAUCUCACUCACAGAGAUCUUCCAUUUAGGUCUUCUUUUUUUUUUUUUUUUUCUUUUGCCAGAGUGUCUUGUCUUUCCAUGCCUAAAAUACUCCCAUGGGCUCCUCAGCCAUAUCCGAAUGCCUUAAGGGCUGAUUCUGAGGCCAGAGUGCUGUUUAGGAUAUCUUCAUGCAUAUAUUUAUAAAAGAGAAUGCUGGGAUAUAAUUCCUCUGUGAUGUGUAUAUCAGUAAGACCAGGAGAGUUGGUGGAAAUUUAUAAUUGAAAUAAUUGUUAAACCUUUUUUUAUGUCACCACUCUGGCAUGUGAGGUGGGAUGUGGAGUGCUUUCAAUUUAAAAAUGGAGAUGAGUGCUUAGCCUCAUGGUUAAUACACUGGCUAAGAUGCCUGCAUCCCACUUCAGAAUAUCUGGGUUUGAUGCCCAGCUCUGGCUCUUGCUCCUGAUUCCAGUUGCUGCUAAUGUAGACUUCAGGAGCCAUCAGUGAUGGCUCAAGUGAUUGGGUUCCUGCUACCCACGUGGGAGACAUAGAAUGAGUUUCUGUUUCCUGGUUCCAGUGGCAGUUCAGCCCCAGCUUUUAAAAUUUUUUCUACCUUUCAUUUUGGAAAGCAUUUGUUGCCCAAAGUAAAAUUUGUUUGUUAUCUCACCACUAAUGAGAGAAAGCAAAAUAGUAUAAAAGAAAUAAAAAUAUGUUCUGGAGUACAGCAUGUGUACCACUGGUUUGAGGAGGAUAUCUUGAAGGUGAGAGGUCUGAAAAUCAUUUUCCAGGUGUUCUGUAAUCUAGAGAUUGUAUAAAUUAGAGAGAAGAAUUAACAUGUGGGAAAAGAAUUGCACAACCAAACUCCAGUAAGGGUUCUAAGGUGAAGAUGAUUCUUUUGUUGUAAAGAAGACUCUCCCAACAAUUGAUACUUUGUAACAGUAGAAAAGAUCUUCCUGAAGCCUAAUAGAGUUAGUAGUAAAUUCUCUGCCCUGAAGUGGUUAGGAGGAAAGUCCGUCAUGAGGAUGUUUUAGAAGAGAUUCCUGGCCGGCGCCGCAGCUCAUUAGGCUAAUCCUCCGCCUUGUGGCACCAGCACACGGGGUUCUAGUCCGGGUCGGGACGCUGGAUUCUGUCCCGGUUGCCCCUCUUCCAGGCCAGCUCUCUGCUGUGGCCAAGGAGUGCAGUGGAGGAUGGCCCAAGUGCUUGGGCCCUGCACCCCACGGGAGACCAAGAUAAGUACCUGGCUCCUGCCAUCAGAUCAGUGCGGUGUGCUGGCCACAGCACGCCGGCCGUGGCGGUCAUUGAAGGGUGACCCAACGGCAAAGGAAGACCUUUCUCUCUGUCUCUCUCUCUCUCACUGUCCACUCUGCCUGUCAAAAAUAAAAAAAAAAAAAUUAAGAGAUUCCUUCAUUGAUCUUGGAAGUUGGACUAAGUGAUUGCUGAAAUAAUUCCCUGUUUAGCGUCUCUUCUAGGCAGUUAUGAAGUACAACUAAUUUAUCAAUUAUUUUUUUUAUUUGAAAGGCAGAGCCACAGAAGAAGGGGAGAGAGAGAGAGAGAGAGAGAGAGAGAGAAAUAAACUGAGAUUGAGAUUCACCAUCUACCAGCUCACUCCCCAAGUGGCCACAGUGAUGGCCAGGGCUAGGCUAGGAGCCGGGAGCCUCAACCAGGUCUCCCACAUGGGUGCAGGGGCCCAAGCUCCAAGCUGUCAUCCUCUGCUGCCCUCCCAGGAGCACCAGCAGGGAGCUGAAUCUAAUGUGGAGCAGCUGGGACUCAAACUGGCACCCAUGUGGGAUGCCAGCAUCACCUAGCACACCACAGCGCCGGCCUCCAGUAGUUUUUGAAUAGCCUUGGAUCGCAGGUGUGGUUUGCAGUGAAUGACCUGGUCUAGCUCUUGUUAUGCAUCCUAGGACUGGACUUCUGCUGAGGAAUGUGGCUAAUCCUGAGAAGCAGGAACAUGACUGCUGCUUAUGGGGGAAAAGUUUGCUUAGACCCAGGAUCUCAGAUCCUGGACCAGCUGCCAUAGGUUUCCAAGAGCCACAUACAGAGGGGCCACUCAGCGCGGAUUUACUGUUUAUAGCUCGAAGGCUUUUCUUUUUUUCUCUCUGAGUCCCCAGGCAGAACCCAUCUUACUGUGAGCUGGGCAGAAGUUUGUGGAGCUUCAAGAAAUCCUUUCCCUCUUUGUGCAGGCCCAGCAGACUUCAAACACAGCCCCUGUCCUCCUGGGUUCUUUCCCCUUUAGCUGUAGCCUGCUUGUACCCAUGAGGUGCUGCCAUUCCAAGUCAGGAAAAGAGGCAGAGAGAGUCGGACUCAGUGGAAAGAUAGUGAUUCUGACUCUUUAAAGCCUAGAGCAGAGUGUUUUAAAGUUGAAUAAUAUGGCCAGUGCCGCGGCUCACUAGGCUAAUCCUCUGCCUGCGGCGCUGGCACCCAGGGUUCUAGUCCUGGUCGGGGCACCAGAGUCUGUCCCGGUUGCUCCUCUUCCAGUCCAGCUCUCUGCUGUGGCCCGGGAGUACAGUGGAGGAUGGCCCAAGUGCUUGGGCCCUGCACCCGCAUGGGAGACCAGGAGAGGCACCUGGCUUCGGAUCAGCGCGGCGCACUGGCUGCAGCAGCCAUUUGGGGGGUGAAGCAAUGAAAGGAAGACCUUUCUUUCUGUCUCUCUCUCUCACUGUCUAACUCUGCCUGUCAAAAAAAAUAAUAAUAACAACUUAUAUUCCCUUCUUUAAAGGGAAAAAAAGCAUUUUUCAUAAAUCUCAGUGCAUACCUUUUUUCUACUUCACUGUGACUUAAAUGUAGACAAAUAUAAUAUGAAGUAUAAGCUAAUUUACUUAUACUUUUUAAUAUGAAAACCAAAACACCUUUACACAUUAAAUUUCAAAGCUAUAAAACUAGUAAGUUUUCAACUCAAAUAUCAAUUUAAUGAGAAAGUGAUACUUUGUUCAGAUAAAAACAUUAGAGCCCAAUAGCCCUGCAGAACCUCUGCCCUCAUUUUCUGUAUUAAUUUCUUCACAUGUCAUAGUAUCUCUGCCAAGAUAACUGAAAUCUGCUGAUAUUGCUGGUAGGGCAUUUAAUCCUGGUGGGAUUUAUCAACUCACAUCCCCAACAAUCCCAUAAUGGCCUUUGUGCCCUGGGGAAAAAUUUUUAAAUGUCAGCUUUAUGUGUUCCCUGAAGUUCCAAAAGAACUCACUAAUAAAAUAGCCUAGACUAGCAUGUUUUAGGUUACAUCCAUACAUAUUGCUCCCCCUUCCCCAGCUUUCCAUCUCUUCCACUUCCUCUUUUUGGUUCACUCUUAUCAUUUAUAUUUUCCUAAAGUAACCAUUUAUACAGAUUUUUAAAUUUAUUUGCAUAGUAAGUUAUGAGCUGUCAUUCUCAUAAUUCUUAAUUUCCUGUUACCAUUGUUCGGUUAUCUUUCUCAUUCAUAAUUUUGUAUGUGAUUGUUUUCUCUUUUUAUAAAAACAUAGGUUAACUAUUUCUAGUAAUUUUUCCAGACUUUUUACUAUGGCAUUGUGCAUAUGGCAUAAAAUUGACUGUAUUAACUGCGUUUAACUGUACAGUUCUGUGGGACUAAAUAUGGUCCUAUUGUUGCACAACCACCACUACCACCACCAUCCUUCUCUAGAACUUAAUUGGUGAGUGGAAGUCCGUAUUGCUGAGCUCAUGUAGAAUCUUUAUCCCAGCUACUAUAAUCACUUGUUGUCUGAGCGCAUGUUGGCAAUGACAAGAUAACUAGGGAAAGGAGCUAUCUGGGAUCAACAUAAUGUAUUAUCAGAUCCACUUGAUUAUUUUACUGAAAUCACCAUUUGGUGAGCUUUCAUAUGAAACACAGAUACCUUCACAGCCAUUGCUCACUUAGAGUGAUCUAUUCACGUACCUUAUCCCCAAAUUUCUUUACCAUUAAUUUUCCUUCAGAGUCUGUCCAUCUGGUCAAACCAUUGGCCAUAGCCCAUGAAUCACUAUCUACUUGUGUGUCUGGCCAUUUCUCCCUCCAAGCAAAGUACACAACUAGAAUACUGCUUGAUGUUCUGUCCACAAAGAAGAUCUUUCUGUACCACUGUGGGAUGUCCCCGAAAGGGGCUAUAGUCUUACAGCUGUGCACUUUUGGGUGAUGCCUGAGUAUCAUUGAUUAUUAGAACCAUUGAUAAACCAAGUUCUAGUGUUCUCUUCCUCUAUUAAUUGAUCAUAGGAUGCUCCCCAUGAGGCCAUACAUGCAGGCUGGGAGAAAGAAGGCAGUGUUGCAGGAGUAGGAGCUAUGGGCACUUGAGCUACUUCUUCAUGUAACUUAUUUGAGCCUCAGGACCUGCUCAGAAUUGACGAUGGAUAUGCCACUUCCAUUUGAUAGAGUUCUGUACAAACUAAACUUUAUGGCAUGGUGAGUCAAAUAAUACUCAGCUCAUGAUAAACAACUUAGCUGGCAUAAUUUGGUGACCUGUGGUUAAAUAUCCAGUUUCCACUAAAGCCCAGAACAGGCCAAGAGUUUUCUCUCUCAAAAGGAGAGUAGUUAUUUUUGGAUGAUGGCAGGGGCUUGAUCCAAAAUCCUAAAAGCUGCCACUGUGAGUGUGUCCCAUAGAGCUUCCUGAAAGCUCCAAACAGCAUCCCUGUCUACCCCUCACACCUCAGGUACCAUUGAAUCUGCUGGAUCAUCUGUUACUAGAGACAGCACAGCUUAUGUAGCAUCCUGGACCUAUCGCAGAGCCUUCCGUGCUGGACCCCACUCAAAACUAUCAGGCUUUGGGUCACUUGGUAGAUGAUCCAGAAUAGCACAAUUAAGUGAGGCAACCAAAGUGUGUUGCCUCCAAAAUCCAAAUAGACUCAGUAGGAAUCGUGCCUCUUUCUUGGUUGUAAAAGGAGCCAGAAAUCUAUCACCAUAGAAGUGUUAUCUUGAUAAGCCUCUCACCACUGGGCCUCUAGAAAUUUCACUGAGGAUGGCCCCUGAAUUUUAGUUGGAUAUACAAUCAAAUUCCUUACCAGUAAGUCCAAAGUAGUUGCUCACUAAGUCCAAACAGCAUAACAUCAUAAUUAUUACAAAGCAAUGUGAUAUCUUGUGAAAGGGAACAGGGAUCAAGGUCCCUGUGAACCUGAACUGUAUAACAUAGUACUGAAGAGUUGACAUACUUCUGAGGUACAACAGUGAAAUUGUGUUGCUGACCUUGCCAGCUGAAAAUAAACUACUUCUGGUGGGGCUGAGGGAAGGUGUGGAGAAAAAAAGCAUUUACCAUUUCACUAUCGGCAUACCAAAUACCACUAUUGCUUCUGCUGAAGCAAUGAUAUCACAUCUGGUGUGGCAGCUACAGUUGGAGUCACCACUUGGUUAAGCUAAUAGUAAUCUACUGUCAUUCUUCAGGUUCCAUCUGUUUUCUGCCCUACAAGUAGGAGAGUUGAAUGGAAAUGUGAUGGAAGUCCCCACACCUGUGUUUUGCAAGUCCUUAAUGAUGGCACAAAUCUCAGCAGCUCUCUCCCCACCCCCCAUCCCCCACCCCCCGCCAAGACAUGCAGCCUUGUCUUUAAUUUACUACUUUCCUUAAUAAAGGCAGCGCUAAUGGGAUCCAUUCGACCUUUCCCCCCAUUAGAGCUCUCCAUAGGUUAAGGAGCCAAUGUGGGAAUUCUGCUAGCUGCUAAGUAUCUCUGUUGCAGUUACACAUUCUAGAACUGGGGAAAUGACCACAGGAUGGCUUUGUGGACAUAAUCAACACUGAGUUGGACCUGAACUAAACAUGGCUUGUAUAAGCACCUAUAGGGACUGGAGGGCCACAGUGGUGUUUAGGUCUCCUGAAAUCAAUGUCAGUUCACAGCCACUGUCCAGUAGUCAUUGAAAGUUCUGAUUGUAUUUUUUCCCCAGUGCAUGAUUACCCUUACUGUUUGAAAUAGAAUGGGAGAAAGAGGAACAGUAUAAAUUGUCAGUAGGGUUACCAGGGUUCUCCCUGGAAGUAACCCAGCCUCCCCUUAAUUCAAGGGGUUUAGGGUCUAUAAACUGAUUCAAGUCUGUGAAUUUACUGAGGAGUCAUGACUCUGUGAUUAAAGUGAUUAAAGGUAGAGUUUUUGUUUGUUUGUUUGUUUGUUUUUGACAGGCAGAGUGGACAGUGAGAGAGACAGAGAGAAAGGUCUUCCUUUGCUGUUGGGUCACCCUCCAAUGGCCGGUGCAAUGCGGCGGGCGCACCAUGCUGAUCCGAUGGCAGGAACCAGGUACUUAUCCUGGUCUCCCGUGGGGUGCAGGGCCCAAGCACUUGGGCCAUCCUCCACUGCACUCCCUGGCCACAGCAGAGAGCUGGCCUGGAAGACGGGCAACCAGGACAGAAUCUGGCACCCCGACCGGGACUAGAACCCGGUGUGCCGGCACCGCAAGGCGGAGGAUUAGCCUAGUGAGCCACGGGGCCGGUCAAAGAUAGAGUUUUGUUUACAUGACCUGGAAGUUCUGCCUAUACAGGUUAAGAAUUUAGUAGGCUUCCUAUCGAUUUUACCUCUAGGAAUACCAUAAUUAGCCAGUGCCAUAAAUCUACAUGAUCAAACAAUUCUGAUUGUUGCUUUGCCUCUGCUGUCCAUUAUAAUAACUGUGCCCACUUUGCCUUUGACCUUUAACUGGCUAGCACUUAGCCCCUGCUAUCCUGGAAUCUAAUUAUUCCCACUGCAUUUUAAGUUUUCCAAUUGAGUGACUGUAGUUCCCACAAUAAAGUCUGGCCUACAGACAAGAACAGUCAUGGAGUUAUUUAGGGAUGCUGGAUUCCUCGCAUAUUUGUCAAGGUAUUGGUGCAAGAUAUGUUUUCUGGAUCUUCUCAGUGUGGAUGAAUAGGUCUUAAAUGACAAAGCCAUUCUAACAUUCUAGUAUCCCUAAGCCUUUGAUUCCUUUCCUGUAUGUUAAACCAAAGAGAUCAGGCAUCUCCUGCUUGCCAAUGGGGGGCCAUCUUUUGAUCCGUGUCUUUUAAUCUGACCAAACCAACAAACAGUACCUUUUUUUUUUUUCAUUUUCAAUUAUCUUUAUAUACAGAAGAUUGAUUUAGUAUAUAUUAAGUAAAGAUUUCAUCAGUUUGCACCCACACAGAAACACAAAGUGUAAAAUACUGUUUCAGUACUAGUUAUAGCAUUACUUCACAUUGGACAACAUAUUAAGGACAGAUCCCACAUGAGGAGUAAGUACACAGGACUCCUGUUGUUGACUUAACAAUUUGACACUCUUGUUUAUGGCGUCAGUAAUCUCCCUAGGCUCUAGUCAUGAGUUGCCUAGGCUAUGGAAGCCUUUUGAGUUCGCUGACUUCAAUCUUAUUCAGACAGGGUCAUAGUCAAAGUGGAAGUUCUCUCCUCCCUUCAGAGAAAGGUACCUCCUUCUUUGAUGGCCCCGUUCUUUCCACUGGGAUCUCACUGGCAGAGAUCUUUCAUUUAGGUCUUUUUUUUUUCUUUUGCCAGAGUGUCUUGGCUUUCCAUGCCUAAAAUACUCUCAUGGGCUCUUCAGCCAGAUCCGAAUGCCUUAAGGGCUGAUUCUGAGGCCAGAGUGCUAUUUAGGACAUCUGUCAUUCUAUGAGUCUGCUGUGUAUCUCACUUCCCAUAUUGGAUUGUUCUCUCCCUUUUUGAUUCUAUCAGUUAGUAUUAGCAGACACUGGUCUUGUUUGUGUGAUCCCUUUGACUCUUAGACCUAUCAGUGUGAUCAGUUGUGAACUGAAAUUGAUCACUUGGACUAGUGAGAUGGCAUUGGUACAUGCAACCUUGGUGGGAUUGUAUUGGAAUCCCCUGGCACAUUUCUAACUCCACCGUUUGGGGCAACUCCAAUUGAGCAUGUCCCAAAUUGCAAACAGUACCUUUCUUAACUCCAUUAGCAACAACAUUCAAUGCAAAAUCUCUGUAUAUAGGGCCCAUUCCACUAAAUUCAUCCUGAUCCAACUUUACAUCCUUCUACCACUAUUCCACACCCUUCAUAUUCAUUCCCACAUAUGUUCCCCAUAUUUUGCUUGUAUAAAUUAGAAAACCAAGUAUUUCGUCUGGGAUAUGGUGUAAUUCCUCCUGGAUCACACUUCGUACAUGACCUUUGGGAGGCUGCUAGCAAGAGUGGUAAGAGUGGUCUUAAGGAGAAUCAGCAAUGUCUUGCUUUGCAGCUGCCUCAGGAAAGGCCGUUACUGUUUUCUCAGGCAGUGCCGGGUUAAUUCCUUCAGACAGAGGCGGAACAGCCAGCAACACUGUGGGUGAAACACUGCUGCCACUAGAAGUAAGGAGGCCUUUUUUGCUGGCAAAUAAGACUUCAGAAUUUAGGAGGUCAAUGUCUCCAGCCUCAUCAGAAUCUUCCCACACUUCCCAUCUCAACGUACAGGAUAUUAUUCUUCCCAAACCCAUGCCCUUGUUUUCAUAGUAGACACCCUGUGAGGCUGGAAGUUCAACUUUUCCUUGUAAUUCAGCCAGUUGCAUGAUGAGGGCUUACGUUUGACUUUCAGCAGUUUCACUCUUACGGCUACAGGAGAGAGGAUUCUUGUAUCAUAUCACACUUAGAAACUCUCAGACUGUGCAGCACUGGGACCACGAGUUUCAAACCUUACACUCAUCCUUUUAUUUUACUUUGUCCAGUGACAAUUAGAGGCAGCUUGUCAACAUCCUUGUAUUCCUUAAUUUUCCACAAUGCUCAAAAGUGUCAUAUACAGAGUUAACAUGUUCCUUGCCUUACAUAAGUGGUUAGUUGGCAGAAUUCAAAGCAGGUAUUUGGGGUAUCUUUAUAGACAGUUCACACCAUGGACUAAUGUACUAUUAGGUGUAGAGUCCUUAUCCUUUUGAGGUUCAUCAGAUUAGGCAGCCAAUUCUAGAAACUCCAAAACUAAUUAUGAAAACUCAUUCUUAAAAUUCUCUAGAAAAAAAAUUUGUAUUAAAAUUCUACAAAGAAAGGGAAAUAAUUGAUGGAUGGAUAGGUAAGUAAAUACAUAGGUAGGUAGGUAGGUAGGUAGGUAGAAAGAUAAAUGUAUCAAAAGAUUUAUUAAAUUAAAAGGGAUUUGUUAAGGGAAUUGGCACACAUGAUUAGGAAGACUCAGAAGUCCCACAGCAGGCCAUCUGCGCACAGGAGACCUUGGGAUGCUGGUAGCAUGGUCUCAGAACUCAGGUAACCAGUGGUGAGACUUUCAGUUGGAGGUCAAAGGUUUGAGGACCUGGAGAGCAACUGGUGCAGAGUCCAAAAGCCAAAGAACUUGAAGUCCUGGUGUCCAAGGGGCAGCAGCAGAAGUGUCUCAGUUCAGGAGAAAGAGGAAAUCACCUUCCUUUUUUGUUCUAUCCAGGAUUGCAGCCAAUUAGGUGGCAUCAACCACAUUGAGGCUGGAUCUUUCCACUCCAGUCCACUGACUCACAGAGCAUUCUCCCCCUGGAAACACUAUAUAGACACACCCAGAAAUAAUGUUUCACCACUUAAUUAGGUAUUUAAUCCGGUCAAGUUGACACCUAACAUCAGUUGUCACAAAGGAAAAGAUUGUUGACCCUAAAAAUCCCUUAGAAAGCACUUCAGUCAAAAGGGGGAGGCCUUGCAACAAUGGCUGAGUUAUAACAUCAGCUAUGACCUCUUUCCGCACCAUCAGUGGUGAGAGUACAGACCUCCAGUAUUUGAAGAACUGGGACAUUUUUGCCUACAUUGGGUACAGCUGUGUGCAAGCUGCUCCAGGAACAUGAGCACAGCUGCCUGCCACAGGGCUAAGGGGUACAGGAUGGGUAGCAGCUACUCUUGCACGAGCUGAAGUUGACCAAAAUUAACUGCAACUUACAGUCCAAGCCUUCCCUUUAAGUUGCAAGCCUUCAGUAGACUCCAAGGUUCCAAAAUAGUUCCAUGAGAGAUUCUACCAGUGCAAUUAUUGUCUGGGUAAGCAGGCAGAUUACCCGUGCAUCCUCUUUCGCUGUCUUCCCAGACUGCUUCACUUUAUUAAAAUUCCUAUUUUGUUUUGUUAGGGUUUAGCUUAUGUUGCUUUUCCAUCUUCCAUAGUUGAAAUCCACUUCCUUUUUCUGUUUGCUAAUGAAUAUGUUUAUAACUAGAAGAAACAUUCCUUGGAGUAUACACAGCUUUGACCAAUCCGUAAAGACUUUGACAUGCAGUGCUGUCAUUAUUUCUAAACAUUCUGUUUUGAGUCAAGGAUUGUGUGACUGAGAUUUUCAUUCAUACUCUUGUCAGUUUCUGGUUUUCAUAGAUCUGGUUAAAGCAUGAGAUAUGUACUCUUGUAGUUGAAAAUUUGGAUAUUUCCAUCAUAGUUUCAUGGGCAUUUCUGUUUCUGUUAUUUUCUUGUAUUUCUGAACAAUUUUUUCAUUUUGUAUAAUUCCCUGUUUUUUUGGUACAGAAAGGGGCAUGCUAUUUAUAUUAUAAUUUAUUUGUAUGUGUUCUUCAUCAUUAAAAAGUUACCAUUUUUCUCA